GGAUAGUAUUCAACCGCCAGACGCCAUUUUGAUACAUGAUUUGACCAGUAUUUAGCUGUGUGUGAUCCAAAAUCCCACAAAUACCGUGUAGAAGUGUCCAUAAUAUAGCUAUGUCCAGAUAUUCCAGUCGUGAUUCAGAUCGUGAUAGGGGUAGAGGAGGAGGCGGCGGCGGAGAUCCCGACACAAAGUUAUAUGUUGGUGACCUUGCCAGAGACGCACACGAAAGAGACUUGGAAAGAGCAUUCAGUUAUUACGGACGGCUACGCAAUGUUUGGGUUGCAAGAAAUCCAGCAGGAUUUGCCUUUGUUGAGUUUGAAGAUCCCAGGGAUGCCGAUGACGCUGUUAGGGCAUUAGAUGGAACAAAUCUAUGUGGAUCCAGAAUCCGUGUUGAACAUUCCACUGGCAAGGUUCGACCUAAACCAUGGUUGAGGGGAGGACGAGGUCCACCUGGAGGAGGAAGAGAUGGUGGUGACCGUGGUGGUGGUGGUGGUGGAGGAAGAGGGGGAGAAAGAAGUGGAGGUGGAGGAAGUAGAGAUGGAGGAGCAGGUGGACGUAAACCCUUUGACCCAGCAGACAGAUGUUAUGAGUGUGGAGACAGAGGACAUUACGCCUAUGACUGUUCACGAUACAGAGGCAAAGAUAGAGCUCGGAAAAGCAGCAGUUAUUCAAAAAGAUCAAGAUCCAGAUCAUACUCAAGAUCACGAUCCAGGAGUCAUAGUAGGGGGAAGGCAAGAUCUUACUCAAGAUCUCGUAGCAGGUCACCAGUUGCCAGAUCUAAGAGCAGAAGUCCAAGCCCUUGAACAGAUCAAAGAACAGACUAGAUGAAAUCAUUUAUUACUAUAUUGUUUUUACUCAUUGCUUAAGGUGGUACCCAACACCUUCACUAAAAUUAAUUUGGCUCGUUUAAUUUUCAUAAAAUUUUGACAAAGUAUUUACUUUGACCCUUUGACAAAAAUAUAAAAAUUUCAAAAAAUUUGAACCAACCAAUUUAUCAGAAAAAUUAGACUGGUUAUAUAGCAGUUUGACAAACACUAACUUUGAUCAUUGAGAAGCUUAAUAUUCCCUUAACAAUACAACGUAAUUAAAACGUUUAGCUGAUUUUUACAGAGUUAUCUCCCUGUAGUGUUAGGUACCACCUUAAAAUCUAAAAUCCAUCAUUACACAAGAGCUAUUUCACAAACUUGUGUGUUGUAUAUAUAUCUUGUUCUUUUUCAACUUGUGUAUUUUCAUGACAUUGUAUAUUAUUAUAGUGGAAAAAUCACUAAAUUUGAACAAAUGUUUCUUAAUGUCCAUGAGAAUCAGCUUACUUCUCUUAAUCAUUCAUAAACAUCACGAAGUUUGAAAAAAUCUGACAUCCAUUUAUUGAAAAGAUUAAUUUCACACAAUAUUAUUUGAAUUAGUAAAGUUUUUAUUAUCCAGGUCAUUGACCUAAUUAAUGGUGUAAAUACUUAUGGCCAGUGAAAACUUGAUCUGCAAUUUGAUUUUAUUUACAUAUUUUUUUCCCUCAUGAUUUCCCAAAUAACUGCAUUUUAGUGUUUAGGCCAGUAAAAAUGAAUGUUUAAUAAUAUAAAAUUCAGAUCACACUGCUAGCAUCAGAUACCAAUUAUAUUUUGGACUUAACUCUUGCAGAGAGGUUAUGAUGUAGAAGUUAGAACUGUUCGUGUACUGUGUAUAAAAGGCAGCAUCUCAUUUAUAAUUCAUCAUGUUCUAUUCAUAGGUGUAAAGAUUGUUUGCUAGUAGAAGGCCUUCCCAGUUUAGUUCCUACAAAUGGAAAAUUAAGGAACCAUCUUGUUUAUAGGUUAAGUAUUAGGACAGUAAAUUGUACACUUAAUCCACUAUUAGGGUAGUAAGUACAAAUCAUGUUGCAACUCUAAAUGAAUCUCUGACGGUAUAGUGACUUUUGCCAACAUAUUCCAAUUCAUCCAACCAAUGUCAGAAUUUACAUUCAACCUUUAGAUGACGACAUCAAGAUGUUAUUUGUCUUCAGGGUUCUGGAUAAAUUUCCAUCUUGAAAAUAUGGCGUGUUGGAGAUGGCUUUAUUUAAUCACAAUAAAACUAACGGAUAAUGAUUUUACUUUCACCAUGGUUUUAUGUUUAAUAGUAUGCAUUUGUAUUAAAUGCGUUCUGAUUGUGUAAAUAAAAGUUAAAAACUA